AUGGCACGCAAACUCAGACGCAUAGCUGCUGCAGCCAUAGCCGUCCCAAUCAACCGCGGUCCUGUUGCAAUUCUGAGGAAAGCUGAUGGCAAGGUCAACGUGUAUCGCUCGAACGCUCAGGGGCUUGGCAAUCUCUACACCGCGACCACAUACGUCGAUCCCAUGGAGAAGGAGAUUUUGCGUAACACGAGACGUGAGGUCAGUGCUGGCUCUGGCUCCGGCAACGACCUGAGUCGUGCUAAUGCCAAGAAGAUCCUGGAUGAUGUCGAGGAAGCUGUGAGCGUGGGCCGUCGUGAGGCCGGAGCCUCGUCUACUGCUAGCCUUGCAGAUGUGACUGAAGCGGCCGGUCUGCUUCCUGUUCCGACCAAGCUGCUGUCGAUUAUUCGCCGCGACGCAGAAGCCUUGCCCGCCACGGCUCUCGAUGAGCUCUCCGGAACCCUCGAUGAGCUCUCGAGCCCGACAACCCCCACAACUACCGCCCUCGAUCUCGACAAGUCAUCAGACUUUACCGGAACAGCGUCACAAACGUCCGAUAUCCUGGGAGUGGUCCGUCGUGAAGCAAGCACAUCAUCGACCUCUAGCAGCGAAGACGCUCUCCUGACAGAGAUUGAGAGUCUCGUGCCUGGCGACAGCGCCACCAAUGUCUUGAAGCGAGAUCCGGAUUGUGGCGAUGAUCAUGAUGAUUCCACAGCGGUGACGGCUGCCACCACCGUUGGGACAGCAUCGGCAAGUGCUUCGCCAUGA